AUUUCUUAUAUUAGGAAAGUGUUUUGUAUACUCUAAUGGCCUUAUGGGUCACAUAUGUGUUUGUAAGAAUGGGGACAGCAAAGCCUGGUAUAAAAAACCUGGACAUUUCAAAGGGACUUUGGAUGCAUUUGUGAAAAAUAUUCAAAUAGAGGGAAUUAAGUCACUGUGAAGUGGACUUUCCCCAACACUAAUAAUGGGACUUCCUACCACAGUAAUCUAUUUUAUCUGCUAUGACUAACUGAGUGAAGCUCUGAAAUAUAGACUGAGAAAGGAUGAUGAACACAUUCCAGUUCUUGCAAAGUUCUUUAAGCAGAUGAGUAAAGUGGCUACAGAUGGAUGGUUUUCCCUGUGGAGGGGCUGGAGCUCCACUGUUCUAGGAGAUGUACCUUUCUCAGGAACAUCCACCUGGGUAGUUAUGAGGAAGACCGUCACUAAAAAUGGGAUUACUGGAUUAUUUGCAGGUGUUGUUCCACGGCUGUUUAAAGUUGCUCCUGCUUGUGCCAUAAUGAUCACCACAUAGGAAUAUGCAACAUCUUUCCUUUCCCAUUUAAAUGGGAAA